GAUUGUCAAAGCUUCUCAUUUCCGUCUUCAGUCUUGCUUCACUCCUCCUCCUUCUUUACCCUUGGAUCGGUUGGGUGGAUCGUGGAUCUUCCUAGAAGUCGAUCAGUGCAGUCACUAGUCAAUCCCUAGUCGCUCCACGAUGACGUAUGGCCGAUAGAGUCCGUCAGCCACAUCAUCCAGACAUCCAACCAUCAACAGCUUCAUCGGCAAAUUGCGUAUGUAAUCAGUGUCAAAGCAUUUUCCACAUUUCAGUUGUUUUCCGUUGGUGACAUAUGGGUUCGUUCGUAUUAGAGCACGUGAAUUGAAGAAGAAAUGCAGAGAGGCAGAGAGGACAAAGAACGACGACGGGAGAAAGAAAGACGAAGAGAAGAGAAGAGAAGAAAAGAAAAGAAAAGAAAAGAAAGGAAAAUCCUCUGCCGACACGAAUGAUACAUAUACACAUACACAUACACAUACACAUACACAUCAGAUCACGUCGCUGGAGGGACAUCCAUCUUCUACCUGCACCUGCAACCAAGACUUCUACCUCAUAGCAGAACUUGGCCAUUGUCAAUUAACAUCAAGUCAAUCUUCAGCCAACGAUCAAGUCGUCAAACUCACUUAACCCGAUAUUUACUAGCGGAAGCGAACUUCCUAUCGUCAUCGCCGUAACUGCCGCCCGCUCCCACCUCCACUUGGUUUGGUCUUUCCUUGAGUUACCUUAGCACCAGCAACAAAACUGGCGUACUAAAAUUUCAACCCUUAAAAGCUUUCUGUCUGUUGGUUUUUCGAUCUGUUCCUUCCUUUCCUUUCAAACAAAUCAUUCCACAUCUCCAUACAUCAUCUAUUUAUCUGCCCGUACAAUCUUGAAGGCAUCGCCCAAUUUUGAUACCCUUCGUCUGGAUUUCCUAUCAUUCUUCACAAUUGCAUUGCAUUCCUCUUGCUGCAAUCGAGUUUUUUCUCUUAAUAUCUUACAAUUAAUUCGCUUCGUCCAUCAUGGCUGCUACUCGCGGCAUAAUGGGCAUAGUGUCCCUGAUCCUCCUUGGCGCUUCGAUUAUGUUCAUGUUCUUCGUGAUAUUAGGUGGCAUCACAGGCACAAGUCCUCUGGACAAGACACAAUUUCUUUCAGCCGACACUUCAAGUAUUGCCGGAGCCAGACCAGUGUCACAAUGGAAUUUCUUCAGAGUCUGUGGAGCCGGAAACACCGAUUGUGGUAGCUCAGUGCCCGCUCUUCCUCUCGGGUAUGCCUGGGUUGGGGGUGGCUCUGGUGCUCCAUCCAGUAUUCGUGGUUCAUACGGAAAGUCCACCACUAGCUUCACCUACUUCUACAUGUGGAGAUUUGGAUGGGUGUUCUACCUUAUGGGGCUCUUCUUCACGGUCUUCGCGUUUUUUGCUUCGCUUUUUGCAAUGACCAGCAGAGUAGGCUCCUUUUCCGGAUCUGUUUUGUCAAUGAUAGCUCUCUUUUGGUUCUCCCUUGGAGCUUCAUUGAUGACUGCCGAAUUCGUGAAAACCCGCAACCAGUUCCGUCGCUCCAAUAUGAGUGCGAGUCUAGGCCGAUAUGCAUUCGGUUUCACUUGGGCAGCAUGGGCAUGCCUAGCGAUUUCUGCCGUUCUCCUUUGUAUUGGAGGAAGCGCGAGUAAAAGUCGCGCAGAACGCCGCAACAGUCAGCCAUCCGCUGUUCGUGAUGCUCCAAUUGAAGCAGCAGGUACUAAUGGUGGCGGUAUGUUUUCAUUCUACCGCAAUCAACGCGAGAAACGUGCUACUCGUGGAGACGAUAGCUCGUUCACCAGAAAUGAAAGUCAGCGUCGGGUUGUCAAGGAUGAUUAUGCUUAAAUGCAUAUCUUCAUUGUUGAUGAGGCCGAUGCUAACAAUUCUGUGACAUUUAGCACGAAAUCGACCGACUUGGACUACAAGAUUGCGACCGGAAUGGACACGCAUGAGAAGCAAUGAAUCGAUAUCCAUGACUAGUCGUCAGUCAGGUUUUUGUAUUAAUUUAUGAACGGAUUGGAAAAUCCGUAUUAGCGGCCGUGGCAGUGUCAGGGGAUCUCGCGAAGAUUCCCGUUAGCGAUAUUAAUAGUGAAUGGUUGGAUGGGGUCGGGGAGUUCACUUCUUUCUUUCUUUGCCACUUGUUUUGUUAGUGGUUGUAAUAAUACCUUAAUGUUAGCUUUUCUAUUAUUAAUACAUGA